AUGCGGCGUAUCGUUGUACUAACCGUCCUCGAGCCGCUGUUAAAACUUGACGCGCUGUACGCCGCCAUAUCCGCCGUGAUGUCCGCCACUAUGCCUAUCUCUAUAGAUACGCUCCCUUUCGUCUCCCACGCUAAGGACGUCCUGGUAGGAACACUGGCUGUCGUUGUUGUUUUAAAGAACGUCCUGGAAGAAGUCCAAAAGGUACUUAUAGUGGCUAAGGAGAUCGUCAUUUCGAUAGGAGAACUAGUGGCCGCCGCAAGAGGCCUCUUCCAGGCCUGGGCCCAGUGGCCAAAUAGUAUUAGAUACUAG